AUGUUCUUGCAAGAUAUCUCAUUAGUCUCUCCAGAGAAAACAGAAUUGUCUCGUAUUAUCUCUCGGAAGAAUGUUCUUGCAAGAUAUCUCAUUAGUCUCUCCAGAGAAAACAAAUCUCUCGGAAGAAUGUUCUUGCAAGAUUGCCUCUCCAUAGAAAACUCGUAUUAUCUCUCGGAAGAAUGUUCUUGCAAGAUAUCUCAUUAUAUCUCUCUCCAGAGAAAACAGAAUUGUCUCGUAUUAUCUCUCGGAAGAAUGUUCUUGCAAGAUAUCUCAUUAGCCUCUCCAGAGAAAACAGAAUUGUCUCGUAUUAUCUCUCGGAAGAAUGUUCUUGCAAGAUAUCUCAUUAGCCUCUCCAGAGAAAAAGAAUUGUCUCGUAUUAUGUCUCGGAAGAAUGUUCUUGCAAGAUAUCUCAUUAGCCUCUCCAUAUCUCGUAUUAUGUCUCGGAAGAAUGUUCUUGCAAGAUAUCUCAUUAGAGAAAACAGAAUUGUCUCGUAUUAUCUCUCGGAAGAAAUGUCUCAUUAG